UUUACCCAGAAGCAGAAGAAAAAAAUAAAAAGCAUGCUGCUGUCAUGCAGUGCGCAGUAGAAGUUCACACUUGAGAGUUUCAAAGACAGACAAACACGUCCCUUGUGAACCAUGGCCGGGAAUAUAAAAGAUAAAGAAGCAUAUCAACGUCAGAACUUCCUCUAUCAGGCUGCUCACUGCGCUUUGGCUCAAAAUCCAGAGAACACUGAACUGGCGAGAUUUUACUGCCUCACUCAGAAGAGCAUCUCCAAACGACUGGUGCUCAGACAAGAUCCAUCACUAAAGAGAACCAUUUGCAAAAAAUGCUGCACUUUACUAAUACCAGGUGUCACAUCAACUGUACGACAAAAAAGAGGACCGAUGCGACAGUGUAAGACUGUUGUGCGAUGUUUAAGUUGUGGCCUGACCAAACAGUUUCCAAACAACCCAAAACAUAAACUGUGGGUGGAUCAACCGGAGGCUCAACUGGAAAACCAGACCUCACAUGAUGCUGGUCCUUCAUUGAAGUUCAAAACCCAAAGGAAGAAUCCUGAUAUUGGCUCAGUGUCCACGACAGCGAAGACUUCGCCUACAGUUUAAACAAUUGUGACUAAACCUUCAUGAGUACAUACACCACUUGUACAUACAUUAUUAAUAACUGGCUAAACAAGUGAACUUUUGGGCGGUAUUUUUAUUUCAUCUUAUUUUUUGUUUAAUUUUUUUCCCCUGACAUUGUGCAAUAUUGUUUUUCUUCCGCACUGAAUAGAUGUUUUGAAUUGCAAUAAAGUGAUUCUUCUGUAA